AUGAAGUACUACUUAACUAUACUCGCCUUUUUGGCUUUGAUACUAUCUGUAUCAGCCUCAUCAUACAAUGAUUCUGACAAUUCAUCAAGUUGCUCUCAAAAGACAUCUUGUUCAGACUGCACAGACGAUCAUGGUUGUGUUUGGUGUGAGGGCGCUGGAGAGUGUCAUGAUGGUACUUUCUAUGGAUCAAAGCCAAUCACAUAUUGCAGGGACUUUAGAUGGAUGCAGUGCAAGAUGGACGGUGUCUACACACUGUUGAUAUCUGUCGCUGUCGCCCUCGUGCUCAUCGCGCUCAUCAUCACUGCUAUUAAGGUUGCUAUCUACUUCUGCUGUUGCGCCCGCAAGAGAAGCACCAAGCCAUACACCAACAUCCAGGAGGAGGAUGAGUCGCGCAGUCUGCUCACCAACCCUUCGCAAUCAGUGACACCAGUCACUGACAAGCGCAGAGAGGAGUUCAGAAUGAAGUACGGCAUUGGCAAGCAGACCUCAACAUCAUCAUGGGACUAA